AUGGGGAACUACAUUCAAAGCUUCCUCACAGACAGAACUGCCAGAGUAUUUAUAGACGGAGUAUACUCCUCUUCUUGUUCGAUACACAACGGUGUACCCCAAGGUUCGGUUAUAGCUCCCACCCUUUUCUUAAUCGGCCUGCAAUCAGUUUUUGGAGCCAUACCUGAACAAAUCGAAACACUGGCCUACGCUGACGACCUCAUUCUUUUAACCACAUCGCCCUAUUCACGACUCGCCAGAAAAAAAUUACAGCUUGCCGUGAACAGACUGGAAGACUGGGCGCCCUCUGUUGGAUUCAAGUUUGCACCCGACAAAUCCAAAUUGUUGCACUUUGGACCCAACAGAAAGAAAUUGCGCAAAAUCCCUCAACUUACCCUACAAAACCAAACUAUACCACUGGUACGGACAGCUAAAAUUCUUGGAGUCUGGAUAGAUGACCAACUCAAGUUCACCAAUCACAUCAACCGGGUUCGAAAAGUAGCGAACAACAAACUCAACAUCCUGAAGAAACUGUCCACCCCAAACGGGGCUGGAUCCCGUUCAACUCUACUACUUUUCCUCCAUGGCUGGCUUUUACCCACGAUGCUUCACGGCAUCGGUCUGUACAGUCGAGGUUAUGAUCUCACACUUAGAAAACUAGAACCUGCUUACAACCAAGCAAUCCGCUCCAUUAGUGGAGCAUUCAAGAGCAGUCCAAUAUCAUCUCUCAUGGCCGAAAGUGGCCAACUGCCUUUUAAGUUUAUACUAGCCAAGCAUAUCUCCACAAAAGCAAUCAGAUGGCUAUCAUACGACCGGUGUGCAGAAGCACCACUCGUACUACGAGCCGUAAAACUGCUAAGUGAUAUACAAACCUCAAUUCCACCUAUCAGCUCGCGCACAGAACCCAGACUGCUAAAAUGGAAUUCGCAAAUUCCUAAAACUGACCUUACCCUGCUCUCAAAACUUAAGGCGGGCACAAACCCGUCUAUCGUACUGCCACAAUUUUAUCACCUUGCUUGUACAAAGUACAGAGGCAUUCCCAAAUUUUACACCGACGGAUCGAAAACUCCUGACGGCCGUGUUGGGUGUGGCAUUUACAGCGAGAACAUCAACAUCUCACUUUCCCUUCCCGAUAUUUGCUCGGUCUUUAGUUCCGAAGCCUUCGCCAUACUGUCAGCUGCUCAAAAUAUAUGUCCUCCAAACUCUGUGAUUUUUUCGGACUCGGCCAGUGUAUUAAAAGCGAUCGCUGCUGGAAAUAAGAAACAUCCCUGGAUAGCCGAACUCUCCGAAAUUGCCGUUCAAAAAAGGAUUACCUUGUGCUGGAUCCCCGGACAUUCACAGAUUCCGGGAAACGAAAAGGCAGAUAAACUUGCUGCAGCUGGUGGGCGCCUGGAUCCUCCAGAACUGCCUGUCCCAUCUUCCGACGCUGUAAAAUGGAUUAAACGACAAAUCAACCUAUCUUGGUCCCAGGAAUGGAACAGUAUCUCCAAUAACAAGUUGAGGGAAAUUAAAAAUUCCACCGAAACUUGGACUGACCGCUUACCGUUCCACGAAAGACGGUUAUUCACACGCCUUCCCAUUGGACACACCAGACUGUCCCACGAAUAUUUGAUGGACAAAAAAGAUCCCACCUUAUGUGUAGCCUGUCAAGUCCCGCUAAGCAUACACGCAGAAAAAUAG